CACUUUCAAUGCCAUUCUCAUUCAAAUGAACUCCUAAAUUUAGAAUCUUUACACAUUCCUUUUAUUCAUUCUCUAUAUCCGGUCAGUUACCAAGUGCUUUGAAAUAUCUUUUGUUAUUUUUCCUUUCUUCUUCUUCCCAUUUUUAUUUCUUUCUAGGCCAUCAUGGCCUCAGACCUGUAAUGCUUCUGCAGACACUAAGCUGGUUUUCCUAACAACAGUUCUUCCUUACCACUGUCAAACUAAUCUGAUAGAUUCAACUAAUGCAAACUGAGCACUUGCUGUGUGUUUAGUGCAAUAUUAGGUGAUAGGAAUAGACACUGAUUUGAACAGAAGAGGGUUUGGCCAGUAAUGGGACAAGCAAUGUAGCUGCAAUAAGUAUAAUAUAAUUCAAAGCAAAAGGAAAGAAUAUUUUGUCUUAGAAGAUGCAAGUUCCCAGCAUUAGUUGGAGAUGCUUUCCCCUAAUACCAUGAAACUUGGAGUUUGGAUGGGAAGGAAUAAGUAUUUGAUAAAGUGUGUUGACUGUUACAAUAGAAGUAUGCAAUGGGCCCAGUAGAGACAAUUCUACUGUAUUAAAUGGUCAGGGAAGGGCCUCUCAGAGAAAAUAAGGGAGUCAGAAUUGUUUAGAAAGUGGUGUUUUUGUUUGUUUGUUUUGUUUUGUUUUGUUUAGACAGAGCCUCCCCAGGCUGGAGUGCAAUGGCGCAAUCUCGGCUCACUGCAACCUCUACCUCCCAGGUUCAAGUGAUUCUCCAGCCUUAGCCUCCUGAGAAGCUGGGACUACAGGCACGUGCCACCACACCUGGGUCUGCCAAAAUGUCUGAAAGAUCAGAUCUCCUUCACUUCAAGUUUGAAAAUUAUGGAGAUUCAAUGUUACAAAAAAUGAACAAAUUAAGAGAAGAGAAUAAAUUUUGUGAUGUUACAGUUCUCAUAGAUGAUAUUGAGGUACAGGGACAUAAAAUUGUGUUUGCUGCAGGUUCCCCCUUCUUAAGAGACCAAUUUUUACUGAAUGAUUCCAGAGAGGUGAAAAUCUCCAUAUUACAGAGUUCCGAAGUGGGGAGACAAUUGCUCUUAUCCUGUUAUAGUGGUGUGCUGGAAUUCCCUGAGAUGGAACUGGUAAAUUACUUGACUGCUGCAAGUUUUCUCCAGAUGAGCCACAUUGUAGAACGGUGCACACAGGCCCUGUGGAAGUUUAUAAAGCCAAAACAACCAAUGGAUAGUAAAGAGGGAUGUGAACCACAGAGUGCUUCUCCCCAGUCAAAAGAACAGCAGGGAGAUGCCAGAGGCUCCCCAAAACAGGACUCACCUUGUAUUCAUCCAUCUGAAGACAGUAUGGAUAUGGAGGACAGUGAUAUUCAGAUUGUUAAGGUAGAAUCUAUUGGGGAUGUAUCAGAGGUUAGAAGUAAAAAAGAUCAGAACCAGUUUAUUUCUUCUGAACCCACUGCUUUACAUUCAUCAGAGCCCCAGCACUCCCUGAUAAAUUCAACUGUGGAAAACAGAGUAAGUGAAAUAGAACAAAACCAUCUCCACAAUUAUGCCCUUUCUUAUACAGGCAGUGAUAACAUCAUCAUGGCCUCAAAAGAUGUCUUUGGCCCUAAUAUUCGAGGUGUAGACAAAGGCCUACAGUGGCAUCACCAAUGCCCAAAGUGUACCAGGGUGUUUCGUCACCUGGAGAACUACGCCAACCAUUUAAAAAUGCACAAACUCUUUAUGUGUCUACUCUGCGGCAAGACUUUUACUCAGAAAGGCAACCUUCAUCGACACAUGCGUGUGCAUGCCGGAAUUAAACCUUUCCAGUGUAAAAUCUGUGGGAAAACCUUUUCUCAGAAGUGUUCCUUACAGGAUCAUCUUAACCUUCACAGUGGAGAUAAGCCCCAUAAGUGUAACUAUUGUGAUAUGGUUUUUGCACAUAAACCAGUUUUGAGGAAACACCUUAAACAGCUGCAUGGCAAAAACAGCUUUGAUAAUGCCAAUGAGAGAAAUGUACAAGACCUCACAGUGGAUUUUGAUUCUUUUGCAUGUACAACAGUCACAGACUCUAAAGGGUGUCAGCCACAACCCGAUGCAACACAGGUCCUGGAUGCAGGUAAACUGGCCCAAGCUGUCCUGAACUUAAGAAAUGAUAGUACUUGUGUGAAUUGAGUAGGGGCUUCAUGCUCACAACUCGAACUGACUGAGAAUGUGGCAAUAGUCUCGGUCUUUUUAGGAGUGAUUUUGCUAGUUUGACUUCUCCAAAGCCUCUGUGUAGGUGGUAGGGAGUGAGUCAAAGCACUAAUAGACCAGGCAACUUACCACUUGGAGUGGAUUUGCCUUACUUUUGCCCUCUCCCAUUUUCUGUUUUGAGUUAUUUAUCUUGUAAAGUCUGUUUUCCUUUCCCAAGGAAUAAUUCCUUUUGUCUACCUAACAUUGACUUAUGUCUUAGACUGACACUGUUUUAGGCUUUUCACUAGGCACAUUCCGAAGGUACCAACAAGUUAAUAACAUCACCUACUUUCCACUAAUAGAUGCUAUGCUAAGAGAAGUGAAUAAUCUUUCUUUGGUAGAAAAUAGGCUGAGAUAUAAGGCGACAUUGCUAUUGACCUGAAAAUGUGGUAGAACUUCUGGUUGCCUAUUGAUUAUUCCUCCAUGUCUGAUAAAUGAAUCUGCUUCCUACCAUUUGUACUUGUCUUGGAGCUGGCUAUAAAGAAGUAUGCUGGUUUGUUAUAUACCUUUUUUAACAGUAUCAUAGCCCAAUUUCAUCUCAUUGAAUUGUUCAAAUACACUAGAGUACCCUCUCUUGAGGAACACCUGCAGGCAGAUAGUUAGGGAUGACCAUGAGGAGCAUAAUCAACAGGGAUAGAAGUACACUUAUACAACAGCACUUACAUGGGAUGUUUCUCUCUGGUAGUAUGUCCCAUAAGAGGCCAUAUGCUUUUAUAUAUAUAUAUGGUUUUUUUUUUUGAAACAGAGUCUCGCUCUGUCGCCCAGGCUG